CCUAUGCAAAGUGCGAGCGAUUGAUCUGGUGGAGCGUGCCACCACAUCGAUAUGGCCUGGAACAACCAUAUCGUUGUUGAAAUUCCCGGUGAUGAAUCCGACACCGCAUAAACUUGAGUUGAGAAGAAGAAGGUUGUUAGCGAGUCAGGCAUGGCUGAUACGUGAACGACGAUUGAGGAAGCAGUUGCUGGAAGAAACGGGCGAUUCGAAAUAUGCCACUUUACAGGCACAUGUCGGGAAUACUUUUAAGGAAACCGAAGAAGAGCUGCAACCGAUUUCAGUGCUGGAUCUGAGAAAAGAGGACACCCAAUUGGAAUCUACCUCAAACGAGCAGAAAGAAAGCAGAAAGCGAGUGUUAGUUUUGUGA